AUGACGACCGCCGGCGCAACGAGGAAGCUCAAGAUCCUCAUGGCCCAUGGCUACACGAGCAACAGUUUCCAAUUCUUCAAGCGCUCCGGUGCGAUCCGCAAAGCGUGUCGGGACGUGGCCGACUUUACCUUCAUCAACGGGCCGUUGAUCGUUCAACCGAUCACGUCCGCUGGAGACCUCGACGCACCCGAUGUCGAAGACGGCAAGCUGGUCGACGAGAGCACGCCGAUUGAAGAGCAGCCUCGGGCGUGGUGGAGGGCCGACGACGACGGCAAUUAUUUGGAUUGGGACAAGUCGGUCGACUACAUCAACGAUGUUCUUAAGAAAGAAGGUCCGUUUGAUGGCAUCGUUGGCUUCUCCCAAGGCGGGUGCCUGACGGGCAUCCUAGCGAGCGCAUUCGAAGACUCUAGCCGCAUGCCUGGGCUCAAACUGCCCAAGGAUCAGGGACCGUUCAGGUUCGCAGUCGCCGUCUCUGGCUUCCGCAGCCGCGACCAGCUGCAUCAGAAGCUGUUCGAGAAGCCCAUCGAGACACCUAUGCUGCAUGUGCUCGGUCGCGCUGAUCAGAUCGUGGAUCUCGAACGAUCCCAGACGCUCGUUGAUGUUUGCAAGAACUCGAGGGUUGAGCAGCACGACGGAGGACAUUCGUUGCCUUCUCAAGCUCCGUGGCGCAACUUCUUCCGCGACUUCUUCACGACCUUCGCCUCGGACCCAUACACGCCCAACUCGGAAUGGAAGACGAUCCCUGGUCCAUCCGAUCGACCACGCGGGAACGACACGCCGGCCGGAUCCGGCACAGUGACGCCGACGCCCGAAGCCACCGAGGCGGCGACCACUGCCGCCGCCGCUACGACAGGUGAGCGUGACAUCGAUCCCUCGAACCCCUCGCGAAGUGUUCCUAAAAAGAAAGCCAAUUCGCCGUUUCUGGUGCAUCAGAAGUGGAAGGCGGAGCAGGAGCUGCGAAGAAGGAAGGCGGCGGAAGAGGCCGGCUCUAGCAGCACCGGCAACAAGGGCAGCAAAGGAGCAGAGGAGUUUGAGGAGCAAACGACGGAUCUGACAGGAGGAUUGCGGGUGAUGGUGAAGCUGUUCCGCUUUUUGAUGAUGGCGACGGCGUUGGUGAUGGCAUCUGGGUUCUUUGUUGCCGGCGAUCCGCUCUGGGGUUAUCGUGGGAAGUAUACGAAGCUGCGAACGUACCUGCCUUACCGCGAACGCAUCUUCUCGCUCCCGGAGCUGGCCAUGUACAACGGUCGCGACCCGAAAAAGCCAAUCUACGUGGCAAUCCUGGGCGACGUGUACGACGUCACCGAGGGACGACGCAUCUACGGGCCCGGAGGCUUCUACUCGUUCUUCAGCGGUAAAGACGCCAGUCGCGCCUACGUGACGGGUUGCUUCAAGACGCACCUCACGCACGACGUGCGCGACUUUGACGCCAAGCAGAUGAGCGAUCUCGUCACCUGGAGGGAUUUCUACGACAAGCACGAAAAGUACUUCAAGGUGGGACGGGUGGUGCUACCGCCCAUCGAUGCUAGUGUGCCCCUGCCGGAGCCAUGCGAGGAUCCUUCGGCGCCAAAAAGCUGA